AUGAGCUCCAACACCAAAACCAUUUUGAUACUCGGAGGCUCCUACGCCGGUGUGGGUACGGCACACUACAUUCUCAAACAUGUUCUUCCUUCUCUACCCGAAAAAGACGACUAUCGUGUUGCCCUCGUCAGCGAUUCCUCGCAUUUCCUCUGUCGACCUGCCUCUGUACGCGCACUCGUUUCCGAAGAUGCCUUUCCGGGAAACAAACGCCUUUUUGUGCCGCUGAGUGAAGCGUUUGAGCGAUAUGCAAGUACUUCGAUGACUGUGUACCAUGGUACUGUGGCCAAGCUUGACCAUCUCACCCGCACAGUCACGGCUAUCCCAGCGGAGGCAGGCAAAGCUGAGAUAAAACUUGAGUAUCAUGCUCUCAUUAUCGCCACUGGAGUAUCAACCCAGUCUCCUCUAAUGGGGCUUUCGGGUGAUCACCAGAACACAAUCGAGGCAUGGACCUCAUUUCGAAAGAAGGUCUCGACGGCCAAGAGCAUUGUCAUUACCGGUGGAGGUGCUACCGGCGUGGAAACAGCUGGCGAAUUGGGUCAAUAUUUAAACGGUAAUGUCAGUGGAAAGCCAAAGGUGACAAUCAACCUCGUCACAAAAAGCAAUCAGUUGCUUUCCUACCUCCCACUUUCACUUGCGCAAAAAGCAGAAGAGCAGUUGUCCAAGCUCGGUGUAUCCGUUAUCAAGAAUCGGGUGGUCGAGAAGGUGGUUUCGGUCGAUGCUGAUGCAGUCAAUGGUGCAGGCCAAAGUCUUGAGCGACUCACUGAUGCAGUGAUUGUACACCUGGACCAUGAUCAGACCCUUCAAGCAGACUUAUACAUCCCAGCGACUGGUGUGUCGCCAAACACCAGUUUCUUGAAUGGUCAACUACUUGACGACGAGGGGUAUGUCAUUGUCCAUCCUUCAUCACUCAAAGUGGAAAGUGCUGGGCCUCGUGUCUAUGCCCUUGGCCAUGUGUGCUCGUCGAACCCACGCGCAAUCCACGCUAUCAUGAAACAGGUUCCAGUCGCUGGGGAGAACUUGAAGCGGGACCUUCUUGCUGCCGAAAACUCGAAUCAAACUCACGACGCGGCUUACCGCGCGUACGAGCCGGAGUCAAAAGUCACUCAAUUGGUGGUCAUCGGGAAGAAAGGUGUCGGAAUGUUCUCUGGGUGGAGAGUGCCGAGUUUCUUCGUUUGGUUGAUCAAGGGCAGAGAUUACUGGGUUGAUAUGACACCGCCUAUGUGGAAUGGGAAAGCUUUUGCAAAGGCGAUCUGA